CAGGGACUGAAGCCUCUCCUCUUCUCUGGGCGGUUCCAGUCUGAGAGAGACGUUUAGGAAGAAAGCCCACUAACAAAACUAUCAGCGCAGACACAAACAUGGCGCCUGCCUCCGCCGACAACUUCAGAUGAAAGUGUGGCGAAGCAGCAAAGUUUCACAGGAGUACCUCGAAGUGGCUUUUUUUCGCGCGCGCCGUCCUGUUUUUACCUGUUUCGGUUUGCACACGAAGAAAUACGGAAUAUAACAAGCGGGUAGAAACAGCAAGUUGCCUACAUGUCAACAUUGUCUCUCGCUGCAGUGUAAACAGCUGGUACGCCCAGCCAUGAUCGAGGACAAGGGUCACCGUGUGACCGACUACUUUGUGGUGGCUGGGCUGACAGACAAGUCCACGCCCCUGGAGCAGGACCUGUCAGAGACCAAGUCCAGCGGGCCCAAAGCGCCCAUCACCGACCUGGCCGUCAUUAACAGGUCAGCAGGAGAAACAGUGCCCGAGGGCUUCACUUGUAUCGACACCACAUACAGCGGUCAGCCAGCCAACCUUAAUCAUGGCAGCCUCAAGAGCCCUGAGCUGUUUCUGUGCUACAAGAGGGGUCGAGGGAAGUCUCCGCUCAUCGACAUCGGGGUGCUUUACGAGGGCAAGGAGCGUCUGAUCCACGGCUGCGAGGUCAUCCAGGCCACACCAUACGGCCGCUGCGCCAACGUUAACAACAGCUCUGCCAACUCGCAGCGCAUCUUCAUCACCUUGCGCAGAGCGCCGCCCGUCCAGCCUCAGAACUCCCUGGCAGUGACAGACAUCUGUGUCAUUAUCACCAGCAAAGGCGAGACGCCACCACAUACCUUCUGCAAGGUGGAUAAGAACCUCAACUGUGGCAUGUGGGGAUCCAAUGUGUUCUUGUGUUACAAGAAGUCAGUAUCUGCGUCUAACUCCAUCAGUUACAAAGCUGGUCUCAUCUUUCGUUACCCAGAAGAGGACUACGAGUCUUUUCCUCUGUCAGAAUCUGUCCCUCUGUUCUGUUUGCCCAUGGGUGCCAAGAUCGAAUGUUGGGCACCGAACACACGAGAUCCUCUGCCUGUCUUCUCCACAUUCGUCUUAACCAUCUCCUCUGGUGAAAAGGUGUAUGGAUCAGCCAUCCAGUUCUACGAGCCACAUCCAGUGGAUCAGUUGAGUGAGAAGCAGAAGAUCCAGCUGGGCUUGCUCACCACCGUGGAGAAGAAGAUGAUCCCCAACCGGCCUGUAAACACCAAUAAGUGCAUCUGCCUGCUGUCCCGCUGGCCCUUCUUUGAGUCCUUCCGCAAGUUCUUGAUGUUCCUCUACAAGCUCUCCGUCUCAGGCCCACACCCACUGCCUAUUGAAAAGCACAUCUCGCACUUCAUGCACAAUGUGUCAUUUCCUUCCCCUCAGAGGCCAAGAAUAUUGGUCCAGCUCUCGGCACAUGACACCUUGAUCCUCUCCCAGCCUGUGUGUACGCCUUUACCCCUCAGCGGGGCAGACUACGGCACUCUGCUGAUGAAUCUGGGCUCAGAGAACUGCGCCACGCUGCUGCACUUUGUCCUGCUGGAGAGCAAGAUCCUGCUGCACUCACUGCGGCCCGCUGUGCUCACCGGAGUGGCUGAGGCUGUGGUGGCUAUGAUCUUCCCCUUCCAGUGGCAGUGUCCCUACAUCCCCCUGUGCCCGCUCUCCCUCGCAGGCGUCCUCAACGCUCCAUUGCCUUUCAUAGUGGGCGUGGACUCCCGCUACUUUGACCUUUACGACCCCCCGCCUGAUGUUGUCUGUGUGGAUCUGGACACCAACACUAUCUACCUGUCUGACGAAAAGAGACACAGCAACUGGAAGAACCUCCCAAAGAAGCCCUGCAAGAGUCUCGUCAACUCCCUGAGCAACUUGCACCACCAGCUGGCCACAGUUUCAGUCCGUCAAACAGCGCAGGAAAACUCGUUAGUAAACUCGGCAGUGGACAUGACCCCCAUCGAAGCAGACUUCACCUGGCACAAGAAGAAGACGGCCCUGGAGAUGGAAAUCCAGGAGGCCUUCCUUCGCUUCAUGGCCUCCAUCCUGAAGGGCUACCGCUCCUACCUCACACCCAUCACCCAGGCGCCUUCCGAAAAGGCCACGGCUGCAGACUCCCUCUACGACCUGCAAGGGUUCCUCAAAAGCAGAGACAGAGCCCACCAGAAGUUCUACUCCCAGCUUACCAAGACCCAGAUAUUCAUCCGCUUCAUUGAGGAGUGCACCUUUGUCAGUGACAAGGACACCGGCUUGGCCUUCUUUGACGACUGCGUGGAGAAGCUUUUUCCCUCUGAUAAAAUCACCGACAAGGGCACCAAGGUCGAAGGAGAGUCAUCUGAGGACACGAGACUGUUAGAGCUGGACGAGUCCCAGAAGAGCGAGCACACUGUCUUUGUCAUGCCUCCUGAACCUCCAGUUGAUGAUGGAACUGAACCUGCCCCAAAAUACACUUACAAAGGUUUCCCCAGGCUGCGUAUGGAGCUAUUUGACCGUCCUCGGGAGUUACGACCAGCAAUCAGCAGCAGAGCAGCAGGAGCCAGUCUGUCCAGCAGCCCCGCACUACUGGCUAAGAGGACAAAGCAGGAGAUCAAGCUAGCGUACAAGAUGGCCAAGCGUUUCUACUCCAACCCUCCGCUGUGGGCACGCUGUCUGUUCAGCCACUGCUACAGCCUGUGGUUCAUCUGCCUGCCGGCAGCCGUGAGACUAUCCAAGUCUAAAAGCCGUGCCAUGCAUCAGGCGUACAACGUGCUCCUGAAGAUGAGGACCACUGAGGUGGAGGUGCUGGAUGAGGUGUGUUACAGAGUUGUGAUGCAGCUGUGUGGUGUGUGGGGUCUUCCUGUCAUGGCUGUACGAGUCCUGGUUGAGAUGAAGAAAGCUGGAGUACAUCCGAACGCCAUCACAUAUGGAUACUACAACAAGGCCGUCUUAGAGAGCCCAUGGCCGAGCAGGAACCGCAGUGGCCUCUUUAUGUGGACAAAGCUUCGUAAUGUGCUUCGUGGAGUGGCCCAGUUCAAGCACGCUCUACACCGAACCUCAUCCGAGAAGGGACCCACACUUAGUAACACAGCUGCAUCAACAGUCAGUGAUGCUGACCGUUUAAGUCAUGGAAGUGCUGACAGCUCAAGUGAGGUCAACGGUGAGGAGCACAACCUGUUUGCCCACAGCCACGGCAUGGAAGACGCAGCAGACAACCACUGUAGCACAGGAAGGCAGUCUGAUCAAGGCUACGGCUCUAAGGAUGAGCUACACCAGGAGCUGGCGGAGCCUUCACACACACCUGUACUUGCCGCUGAAGAGAGAAACGGUUCCAAAGCACAGCGUAAUGGAAGUGACAUUGCCGGCUCGGUGGACAGUGCUGUAGCAGUAGCAGAGCCCCCCAGUCCUGUUGAUGUGUCCUCGCCGGUCCCCAGUAUUGUGAAGCUGUCCACAGGGAGCUUUGAUGGAGGCAGGGAAACAGGUACAGGGAAGCUGUUCAGGAGACACAGCAAGAAUGAUAGCGUGUCUUUUCCUGAUGAUACGGCCGAGCUGCCAUCAGGGGAUGUAGCUCACCAGUCUCAGCAGCAGCGGCAGAAAUGCUUUGCCGAACGCAGCUGUAGCUUCAGCGCUGAAACCCGUGCUGGGAUGCUCCUAGAGCAAGGCGUGGACCACAUGGCCAGUCAGAUGGGUGCUGAUGCCCGUAUCCUGACUGCAGCGCUCUGUUCGGGCCAAAGUCCACCCCCUAAUAGUGUGUCCAAAGCACUUUUCAAAGACCUGGAAGAAGAGAAUGAAGAUGAUCAGGACUUGACACGGGUAAAGCUGCAAGAGGAAGAGGGGCCAGGAGCAUCAGAAGAAGGGAAGGGAGAUGAUGAAGAGGUGGAGGGGACAGAGAUAAAAACAGAGAAACGACAGAGGAAGCAAACGGAAACAAACGAAGAGGACUCUGGUUUGCGAGGGCCGACCCUGGAGAGGGAGGACGUGGAGGUGGGCGCUGACCCGCUUUCCCUCCUUAUGACCGAGAGUGAAGAGUCGGCCUCUGUCACCAGCCAGGAGCCACCGCGCUCCAUGCCUGCUGUGGUGUCCCGCAACCUGGCCGAGGAGAUCGAAAUGUACAUGAGCCUACGAAGCCCCCUGGGUGUGAAGUCCUCCAGCAUGGAGCUCCAGCAGGCCCAGGGAGACACUGUCGACACCCCACAGCCCAAACAGUCAAUGGAGCGCAGGUCCAGCCUCCCCGUGCCUCCAGUCAAAACUCCAACGGGCUCCCCAGGUGAUACACCCAAACGCAGCCCCAACGCUGUUACUCGCUCCAAGACUUUUGCAGCAAAGACAAAGACUCCUGGCAGCACUGCGGGAAGCCCAGGUCCAAGAUCAUCCUCACUGACAGCGCUGGUCAAGUCCUCCCAGGGAGGGUCGUUGGGCUCAGUCAUCAACUCCAUUUCAGGCAUCAAGAUGGACACCCUCUUGUCGGGACCUAAGAUUGACGUGCUUAAAUCUGGCAUGAAACAGGCGGCAAAUGUGGCCAGCAAAGUGUGGGGAGCAGUCGCUUCAGCUUACUCUUACUCAGAUGAUGAGGAUGAAGCUCAGGGUGGUGGCGGCGGCUUCCCGUCCCAUCUGGAUGAAAACAUGCUGGCUGCACAUGACGUAGACGAGAGCCCUGAGAGAGGAGCAAUACCCAGGUUGGUGGCCAACGGUCUCAACCAGAGCUGCACCAGCCUGGGCAGCAGCAGCGGCAGCAGUGACACGGGCCGAGGGACCCAGCAGAUACAUCCAACUCCAGGACGAGCAGGCAGGGGUCCAGACUCUGAGCAAGGCUCCUCACAUCACGCUUCUUCCACAAGCAUUUACCAGAACUGCGCACUGGAGGUUCUGAUGUCCAGCUGCUCCCAGUGCCGCUCGUGUGAAGCCCUGGUGUACGACGAGGAGAUAAUGGCAGGCUGGACAGCCGACGACUCCAACCUGAAUACCAACUGUCCUUUCUGUCGCACAGCCUUUCUCCCCUUACUGCAUGUGGAGUUUCAUGACUUGCGCACAAUGACUGGGUUCUACGUGAAUCCCAGUGCUUCACAAGACAGUCUCCACAGCACCAGUGCCCAGCCCACAGCCAGCGGCUCAGCUGACAUAAAGACACCAGACCUUAUCGCUUUCCCUGAAGAAGAACCAAGGGAGACUCCAGAUAAUCUGCCUGGAUCACAUAGGAGUCUGAUCCCAGAGCCAGUGCAGUCGGACCCCCUGGGUCUCCUUGAGCACCAGGCAGCGGGGAAGCAGCAGAAGUGCAGUGGGACGUCACUGACGCGCAGCAACAGUGUUGGUGGCCCUUUUCAGAGCCUGGACUACUCCCAGAGACCCGGGCACGGCGUCUCCACCACGAGCUUGCCCUGCAGCCUGCAAGAGGUGUCGGAUGGCAUGGGGACAAAACGGCCGAACCCCAAGCCUGUGUCCGUACCAUACCUCAGCCCGUUGGUGCUGCGCAAGGAGCUGGAGACCCUGUUGGAGAACGAGGGAGAUCAGGUGAUCUACACCCACAAGUUCCUCAACCAGCACCCCAUCAUCUUCUGGAACCUGGUUUGGUAUUUCCGCCGUCUGGACCUGCCCAGUCAUUUACCUGGUCUCAUCCUUACCUCUGAACACUGCAACAAAGGAGUCCAGCUGCCCCUGACGUCACUGUCCCAGGACAGCAAGCAGGUAUACGUCCAGCUCCUGUGGGACAACAUCAACCUGCACCAGGAACACGGAGAGCCCCUCUACCUGCUCUGGAGGACCUUGUUGGAGAAAAAGGGAACAUUGGCGCCGACAGACCACCAGGAGAUCCGUACCCUCCUCAACACAAUUGUUCGCAACAUCCAGACCAACGACGUCUACGGGCCCAUCAACCUGUUGAUCCGAGAGAUCAAACGGCGCCCGGAGGGUGUCAAACGGCAGAGGAGUAUCUAUAGAGAAAUAUUGUUCCUCUCACUGGUGGCUUUGGGGAGGGAGAACAUCGACGUAGAGGCCUUCGACAGGGAGUACCGCCUGGCGUACGACGAACUGAGCCCCGAGCAGCUCAAGUCUUUACUCCGCUUCGAUCGACCGCCCAGCGCCAGUGUCCAGUGGUGCCUUAAAUGCUUCGGCAGCCCCAUCAUCUGACCACAAACGCCUGCAGCAAAGAUGAAAGAACCCGACUGGUCAAGCGCGACAGGUGGCAGGAGGGAAGGAUAGGUGGCGAGACAGGGUGUGAGCAAAAAAUUAUUCUGUAUUCAAACACCACCAAUCGCCCAAACAUGGUACUUCUUCUUCUUCCCUUUGUCUUGGAAGAUGCCCCAUCAUCUUUUUUUUUUUUCAUUUUUCUUUUUUUUUUUACCACCUUAUGAUGCUUUUCAUCGGCUUUUCCAAGCAGCUACUUACAGGUGGGACUGUUUCUGUAAAUGGCUCGGAAAAGCUGCAGUGAAUCCUUUGGGACUAGUUGAGGUGUGUUUCUUUAAAGAUGGUGUAUAAAAUGAUUAAUCACUGUACAGAAUGUAUUGACUGCCCUUAUGGUGUAGACACAUCUGUGUCCGUGUGUGUGACAGUUCCUUGUCUCAUAGCCUUUUGCCUGCUCUGCUAAGAUCUGCGUUAACUCUCCCAACAUUAGAUCAGUCCGACUUAUUUGAGAGCGUGUACAGAUCCAGACUGUUCUUUUGUGCACUUUCUAAAAAAACACAAGUCCACCUGUCUUUUGUACAUAUUGUUUACUUCGGGGGGAAAUCUGAAACCAGGGUUGCCUAUUUUUCUGGCGGCAACACGUCUCCAUGACUGUUUAUGUGAUCCAAGUCUUAAUGAAUGUUCAGGUUUGUUUCUUUGUAAAUGUACAUGGAUGUGUAAAUACGCAAUGGAAGCACACACGUGAAUGGGAGAGGACUGAGGACAAUCACUAAUUAUCAAUCACUAGAAUUAAUUCUGCAACAUUCCAGGUGCCCUGCAAUCAAAACAGGUCUUAAAGAAGUGACACUCGACCCACGUGUGAUUAAAACCAGACGACUGGGCGGGCGAGAUUAUAAAACAAAUGCAUCAAUGGGAAGUGAAAAGGCAUGCCACACUACUGAUCCCCACACUUUAAAAUGAAGACACAUGUUCUGUCGCAGGGAAAGGCGGCUCUGUGCCUCAGCGACAGAGCAGUCAGUCCAACUUGUGUUUUUAAUAUCUGCGUUUUUUUUUUUAACAGUAACAUACUUUACUUGUUCAGCUAAUAUGCCUUAUUCUAAUGGUAAAUUACAACUCACAUGUGCUGGGGCUGCUCCUUACUCUAGCUUAGAACGAACCAGUAAGGUUGUUUGUUUUUUAAUUGGAUAUUUGCAGACAAGAUUGCUUUUAUGGUUUAUACACAGUAGCAAUUAGAGCUUUAUACUGCAAAGGGCUUCUUCAGUACUGCUGACACUGUGUUAAGAAAGACAGUUUCACAACAUGACAUUCCACUAAAUGCUCCGACUAAAGCAAAGUGCUGUUGGGAUGAACUGUUGGGAAAUGGGCGUAGGUGGUCCGAUUGUAGCCUUGGGAGAGUGACUUGUACAGAAGCGAUAAUAUUGUGAAAUAUUCAAUUUGCACUGCAGAGAUUUAAAAAAAAAACAAAAAACCCUGACCUUUAUCAAGGAAGAUGAGAUGAGACCACCUCUAAACAGUAGUUUUUCCUCCAAAACAAGAUGAAAUUCUCAAUUAUUUAUUUUUGUAUCAUUGACAUAUGGAUUGCAGACGGUGUAACUUUAGCAUUUGUAUGACUAACAAUCCCCACUUUCCCUUUUAGUUUGUUUCAAGGGACCCCACCCUGUACUGACUUUGUAAAUUUGACCUCCUUAUGGCAGAGGAUGUACAGAAGAGACUGUUCUUUAACAAUAGAUUAAGUGAUCUCUUACCGUCCUGUGGAAAGGAAUUGAAUGUCUACACUUAAGUGCGCUGCAAUAAAUGAGUUUGUGAACUGAUUGAGAACAA